AUGCCAACGUCGCUCGAAGCUUCUCCCGCGGCCUCACACCGCAUCUCCGCGGUGGUCACAGACAUAAAUCUAAGCUUCGGGACUGAGAUGUACGAUCAACCUGGCUAUGUCCCUAACCAUGUCAGAUGGCGUCGCAUAAAGAAGGAACUCUCCCUACACAUGGCUGAGAGCACUGCGUGGCUGCAUCUAGCUGAGACAGAGGAGAGUGAACUGACAACAGACGACCUUGUGAUUACAGAUAUCAAGGUGGGAAAGCGACGUCCGCGCGACAGCUUGGAGAGCUCAUGGGAGAGUCGACCGGGUGGAAUCUGGUUGUUGCGAAGCAACUACACUGGCGACAGCCACCGAGCCGUGACGAGAGUGGAUGUGCUAUUUGGAGUGGACGCCGUUGACCCACGUCCGCAAUGGACCCUUUCACAGACACCGCUCCAUCUCGGGGCCAUGCCUGAGAUCCCAGUUGCUCGACUGAGCGUACGACACGGCGCGGUCAACUCGGGACCAGUCGACCCACGACCAGAGUUGAGAGCUGGGAGAGAUGGGAAGUUCAAAAUCGCACAGAUAUCAGACACGCACAUGGUAACUGGCACCGGGGUGUGCAAAGAUGCCAUUGAUGCGCAUGGGCAACCUCUUCCCCCAAGCGAAGCGGACCCGCUCACUGUCGGAUUCAUCGAGAGAGUCUUGGACACCGAGAAGCCAGACCUCGUGGUCCUUACCGGUGACCAAAUCCAUCACGACAUUCCUGACAGCCAGUCCGCCCUCUUCAAAGUCAUUGCUCCUAUUAUCGAGCGCUCGAUCCCAUACGCAGCAGUCUUCGGCAACCACGACGACGAAGGUGUUUACGCAUUGUCACGCUCAGAGCAGAUGGCAGUACUUCACAGUCUGCCAUUCAGCCUCUGCCAGCCAGGCCCGGAACAAGUUGACGGCAUCGGGAAUUACUACCUUCAGGUCUUUCCUCAAUCGGCAUCGCAGGCCGCAGUGUUGACUAUUUACCUUCUGGAUUCACAUGGUCAAAUACCAAGCAAGGUGAAAGACCCGGACUACGACUGGAUCAAGCAGAGUCAGAUCGACUGGUUUCUAGAUACUUCCCAGGAGCUGCGACAAGCGCGGGAGGAGAUAUGCCAGCAAAGUCCUCAUAUGUCUCUAGCUUUCAUGCAUAUCCCAUUCCCCGAGUUGGGGCGGUAUGCCACCAAGGCCACGCCCCAAGCACUUGCCACGUCGGCCCGUGGCUCUGUUAUGGAGGUUGCAGCGGAUUCGGAGGGUACUGCUCAUACGAUGGGAAGCGAUAUCAUAGGCGAGCACGGAUUUGGGAACUCGAUGCGGGUACCGGGAGCAUGA